AUGGCCCCUCACACAAACGCGUCAAGUUCCACCACUACACCACGCCCCAACACUCCAUCAAACACGAAAUCAACCACAAACAGCACACAAAACGCGAACGCAGCUUCCCAAGCAGUAGGCAGCAAACGAUGGACCCACUUCCACGCGGCUCUCCAGCUCGCCAUACAACGAGCAGCACACAAAUGGACGUACGAGGACUUCUCGGAGUGUUUCGCGAUGUAUUGUGAGGAGCAGGAGCCGGGCGCGACGGGGAUUUUUAAUACGGUGUCUAAUCAUUUCGAGAGUUCUGUCACCCAACUCUGCGACGAGAUCUUCGCCACCUACGCCGUCCAACACAACAUCGAUAUCCUACACAAAGUAGUAACCGACGGCCGUGCGCGCAAACAAGCUCUCACCGCCGGACGACCCGUAGAAGACCGAAAAGAUCUAUGGAGGGAGGGGUUGCAGCCGAGGAAUGUGGUUAGGGCGAGGACGGUGCCGGUGUUGGAGAAGGAGGGGGAGAGGUUGAGGAGGGAGUUGGCGAGGAUGGAGGCGGAGAAUAUGAAAUUGGAGAAACAGUUGAGGGCGACGGUGAGGGAGAGGGAGGAGGCGGAUCGGGUGUGCGAGGAGAUCUUUGCGUUUUUGGAGGAUAUCGAGAAAGAGUGGAAGAAGCUGCCUCUGGACGAUAUACAGACGUGGACGUUAGAGACGGCGGAGGCGCAGAAGCUGUGAUUCUCCCGUUUUCUUCUUUUUUCUGUCCUGUUUUUUUUGGUUGUUUCACGGUCUAUACCUCUGCUUGUUUCACGAUCUAUACCUCUGCUUGUUCAUAACUUAUUACUCUGUAUU